AUGGCAAAGUCACGCAGAGAAGCUGAAACUGAAGUACGUGCUUGGGGCUUCGACCAUGUCUUUACCUGGACUGAUGGGCCAAAUGCACAUUACCCGCCACACAAGCACAGUGGCGUAACAACACAUCUUGUACUCAAUGGCUCUUUGACGUACACAUACCCGAAUGAUCCCGAGCCGACCAAGGAAACGUUGGGCGUCGGUGGUAGGUGGGACGUGGAUGCAAACAAAGUGCACGAGGUAUGGGUCGGAAAGGAGGGAUGUACAUAUGUUAUUGGAGAAUAG